UUUUUAAUACUUCAACGGCAGUUGUGGAGAACAGUUCAAAUUCAGUUGUGCUCGUUUGUGGUGCUAUGCGGUUUGCUGUUGUUUUAGCUCGGUACGGUUGUCUUGUUUGAGUCGCUCGUUGAUCUGCUGUUAUCAAAUGUUGCUUGAUCAAGAGUUAAAUAAUUUAAUACUUUAUUAGAUACAGCCACCACUGCGAUUCAUUUGUAAGAUUCGUUGAUUUCAGUAUUCAUAUCACUUUAUUAGAUACUUGGAAUUUGAUUAUAUGGCAUUCGUGUGGUUGUUGUUGUGUCUUAUGAGAAAUUAAAAAAUUAAAAAAAUAAAACACCCACACAAUUGCCUAGUGCAUCGCGCUGAGUUUCGCAUUUUCAAUUAAUUGAGGAAGUGUGAAAAGUAAACGUAUUCAUCAGCAAGUGACAGUGACCACAACUCGCAACACCACCACUCGACAUGGGCAACUCGACUUCUUCGCGUAAUAACGCCGCCUCAGUGGACAUCAAUACACGGAUUGCUGACAGCGAAAGCCAUAAUCAUCGGCGGCACAGCUAUAAUGUCACCAACGAUCAGGCUAGCGAUGAUGAAUCGGCAAAUAAUCAUAGCAUGACGCCUAACCACAACAACAACAACACCCACAAUAGCGACAAUAUAAUAAUCACAUUGAAUAAUGGCCUGAGUAACGGUAAUGUCAAUGGUAACAGUACUGCUAUUGGUAAUGUUGUUGUUGAUGAAAAUGGCACAGUGGUGCCUGGCAAUGGCAUCGCCAGAGUGCCACCGCACACAUAUGACUCCGGCGAGAAGCAUAUUAUUACGAAGAAUGUCAUCGUUAUUGGUCUGGCAUUUAUGAUACACUUCACGGCAUUCCACGGCACUUCGAAUCUGCAGAGCUCGGUGAAUUCGGACAAGGCGCUGGGCACCACAACGCUCGCCGUCAUUUAUGGUUCGCUGAUUUUAUCGAAUAUAUUUUUGCCGAUGACAGUUAUAAGAUGGUUCGGCUGUCAUCUCACCAUGGCUUUGUCCUUCUUCGCUUAUAUGCCCUAUAUUGCGGCGCAGUUUUAUCCACGUUUCGAGACGCUCAUACCAGCUGGUCUCAUGGUCGGCUUGGGCGGUGGCCCUCUGUGGUGCUCAAAGUGUACUUAUCUGUCAACGGUCGCUGAGGCUUUGACUCAGGUGCGCGGCAAUGAGUCGCGUAAGGAUGUGAACACUGUGAAAUUUUUUGGACUCUUCUUCAUUUUCUACCAAAUGGCACAAGUUUGGGGGAAUUUGAUAUCAUCAUCAGUAUUAACCUUCACUUCAUCAACGGUCGCGGAAGUGAAUGCCACACUGGAAGAACUCGUAGCACCUACGCCCUCCGGUAGUCGAGUCAGUGAAAUUUGCGGUGCUCGCUUCUGCCCGGGCAUUGGUGCUGAGGCCAAUCCGAAUUUAACACCACCCGAACCAGCGAAAAUACAACUGCUCAAUUCGAUUUUUCUCAUUUGUAUGGCCACGGCGGUGGUGCUAAUGCUUUUCGGCGUCAACUCCUUGAAGCGUUAUGGCGUACGUCGCAAUGACUCUGGCGAUGGCAUGUCCGGCUUGCGUCUGCUUACCGUCACGAUUAAUUUGCUGCGCAAGCGUCGUCAGCUGCUCAUUCUGCCCAUUACAAUGUUUAUUGGCUUGGAGGAAGCAUUUCUGGCUGUGGAUUAUACGCGCUCCUUUGUCGCCUGCGGUUGGGGAAUAUCCAAAAUCGGCUUCGCUAUGAUUUGUUUUGGCGUUGCCAAUGCCAUUGCCGCUGGCAUCGCAGGCGCUUUUGUGGAGAAAUUAGGUCGCAUUACGCUUUUCGUCGCUUGUGCGCUGCUCAACGCCGCGCUCUUCGUGUAUAUGUUUAUGUAUGAGGCGCGUGAGGGUGACUAUGUUAUGUACUGCGCAUUCGCCGCGAUUUGGGGAAUAUGCGAUGGUGUCUGGUUGGUUGUGGUGAAUGCAUUUUAUGGCAUUCUCUUUCCGAACCAUCUCAUUGCUGGCUACAGUAACUUCCGCUUAUGGGAAUCAACUGGUUCUGUUAUUGGCUAUAUAAUCAGUUCACAGUUGUGUACAUCCACCAAAUUGGGGAUAUUGCUUUGUGUGCUAGGCAUUGGAAGUGCAGGUUAUGGCGUCACCGAAUAUCGCUUGAGACGAAAACAGAAAGCUCUGGAGCUCAUGUUAAGUGAUUAAAGAGGCAGCCUGGUUUUUGCUGUUAUAAAUUUAUUUACUAGUUUUAAGUUAAAUGAUAUUAAUUUAAUUAGGAAUA